AUGGUUGCACAUCUAUUCAACGCUCUGUUGGGAGAGACGGAUAUGGCCGUCGGAGUAGGUACUGUCGGAUCAUCGGAGGCCAUAACGUUGGCUGGUUUGGCCUUUAAGCGUAUAUGGCAGUACAAGCGUAGAGCCGAAGACAAACCCUUCGAUAAACCCAACAUUGUCACUGGAGCCAAUGUUCAAGUGUGCUGGGAGAAAUUUGCUAGGUAUUUUGAGGUUGAGCUUAAGGAAGUGAAACUAAGAGAAGGAUACUAUGUGAUGGACCCGGAGCAAGCUGUUGAGAUGGUUUUGAGAACACUAUAUGUAUUGGAUAUACCGAUCCAUGUGGAUGCAGCAAGUGGAGGAUUCAUAGCACCGUUUUUGUAUCCGGAACUGGAAUGGGACUUUAGACUUCCACAGGUGAAGAGUAUAGAUGUGAGUGGUCACAAGUAUGGACUUGUGUACGCAGGGAUUGGCUGGGUGGUUUGGAGAAACAAAGAGGAUUUGCCUGAUGAACUCAUCUUUCAUAUCAACUACCUUGGUGCUGACCAACCCACUUUCACACUCAACUUCUCCAAAAGUUCGAGUCAAGUCAUCGCUCAAUACUACCAGCUGAUCCGAUUGGGCCAUGAGGGUUACAGAAAUGUGAUGGAACAAGGUGUUGUCCUCGCCACCACCAAGACCAAGCCUAAGAUCUCUGUCAACAAGUCCAUCCUGAAGAAGGAAUUCCCCACGAUGUCCAAGGCUGUUGCUAAUCAGGAGAAGGAGAUCUAUUCAAAGCUCUUGAAGAGGCUGUCUUAGUCGUUGAUCAACUCCCAGCUUCUUUAACAGUGAUAUCUUGCGACGAGCCUUUAAUGAAGGAACAAAAAGAGCAAUCAAAAUUUCAAGCGCAAAAUCAAGGUACCUCAAAAAGAAAAGACGGCAAGUGAGGUUUCUAUCCCAAAACCUCCAAUUUUCCUACUAUAGAAUCGCGGCUGACUCAUGUGCAUCAGCUUCAUGUUCAAGAUCACAUUAGUAACAUCACUGAGCGGGUGAUAGGAAACAAAUGAGGUAUGUAAUCUAAUUUUUGAUCCUUUGUAGCUUUCUUACUUUUGGUCUCAAACUAUUGUACUCAUCUUUUUUUUCCUAGGCAGCUAUUGCCAUGAUGUAGUAGGAAAUGACUUACGAAGUUCUUAACUCUCCAUAGACGUACUGCAGCUUUGUUUAUCAUUCCUGUAGUCACUUUAUUUUUUCUUAUUCUCAUAGCUAAUACGCCUGUGUUAAGAGGAAACUUGAAAUAUACCACUUUGUUUAUAAUCAGGGUCAAAUGCAAAUAUAUAUGCCUUCGGGCUUUCCAUUUUUGGUUUAAAAAAAAGUGUUUGGAA